AUGGCUUUAUGGCUAACGUCAUCGCAAUUAGGGAUUCGUCGUGAGAUACAAAUAACAAACUUCCAUACAGAUCAAAAGUUUACGGAGUAUACCAUUGAAAUCUUCCUCGAUGAUAUAAAAUGGCAUGUUAAAAAACGUUAUAGUGAAUUUGCUGAAUUUCAUGAAGAAUUAAUAAAACAGAUCCCAAGUAUUGAUGCAAAAAGUUUACCGCCAAAAAAAAUAUUAAAUAACAAUUCACCCGAUUUUAUUCAUCGAAGACGUUCAGCAUUAGAUAAUUAUUUAAAAUAUUUAUUUAAAUUUUUUACUGCGAAUUCAAUGCAAUUACCUGAAUGUUUUGUGAAAUUUCUAGAUUUUCAUCUUUAUGAAGUACAUGGAAUUGUACGCAAAUUAGCAGAGGAAUUAUUUUUAAAUGGGGAAAAACUUUUAUCAACAACUGGAAAAAAAGCUUUUUCUAUAAGUCCACUUCAAAUGCAUGCAAUUACUCGACGUAUCAAGUUAGCUGAACCUCCCUGUGACAGUAAUGAUCCUGUGAAAGAUCUAAGUCAUGUUUUCGAUUUUCUAUGUUAUGUCAAGUAUGUACAAAUUGUUGGCAAUCCUGAUAGUUUUGGUACAAGUACCAUUAAAACUCAAUUUCUUUCAUUUGAUGUGUCAUUUUUCAAAUCAGUCGAAGAACUUGAACUUGACUGUGUUCAAAUGAAUCAAAUUACUGGUAUUGACAAUCUAAAAAAAACUGUUCGCCGUUUAUCAAUUCAUCGUAGUCUAACAUCGAUACGUGAAAUUGCUUUAAGUUCUCUUACUGAAAUUCCACCUUCAUCCAAUGAAUGGUUAAUAAGUACAUGGAAAUUUGUUACUCAUCUUGAUUUAAGUAAAAAUUCUCUUCAUCUUCUUGAUGAAUCACUAAAAUUAUUUUGUAAAACAGAAACAUUAGAUUUGAGUUAUAAUUUAUUAGAAACUACUAUCGAUCAUUUACAACAUUUGCAUUUUCUUCAAAAUUUGAAUUUAUCAAAUAAUCAUUUACACGACGUAUCAGAUUUCAAUGCACGGGUUGGCAAUAUACGUUCAUUAGAUUUAUCAUGCAAUGAAUUGAUAACAACCGAUGGCUUGUCACGUCUUUAUUCAUUGAUAACAUUGAAUUUAUCAUCGAAUAAAUUAGAUUCAAUUAAAAAUAUUGAAUCACUUGGUAGUUUGCCAUGCUUAGAAAAUCUUUCCUUGAAAAAUAAUCCAUUGACACGCAUUGUUGAUUAUCGUAUACGUAUAUUUGCUGUGUUUCAUAAUCGAGCAAAAGAUGUUUGGUUAGAUGGACAAAUGCCUGAUCAACGUGAACUUGAUCGAGCUGCUGUUAUUAGUGCAAUGACUCGAGCCAAACAAAAUGAAGCUGCACAAGCAACAAUGCUUGUUAAGAAAGUUUUAUCACCUACAAAACCGAUUCCUCUUUCAUCAUCAUUACUUCGACAAAAAUCAAAUACUAAUAUGAAGAGUAUGCAUAUAGCUUCAUCGUGUCCAAGUAAUUUAUUAAUUAUUGAGAAACAACCUGAUGUCGUACUUGAUACGACUUCAAGCGAUACUACUUUAUCAACCGAUGAAACGAAUAUAAGUUAA